AUGCAAUUUGAACCAUCAAGCUCUGAGGAAGAAAUUAUUGAUGAUGACCGAGAUUUACAAGUUUGGAAUGAAAUAGAAUCAGAAUCGGAUGCUGAAUUCCAAGAGGAUCAUGGAGUUAUCGAAGAAGUAACGCCGGCUUUGGAAGAUAAUACAAUCAAUCCUAUCGAUUGUUAUCGACAUUUCAUUACUGACGAAAUUAUUAGUCUUAUGGUUCAUGAAACUAAUCGAUAUGCAGAGCAACACUUACAAGCCCAAGAACUUAGCAAACGAUCACAAAUUCUUCAAUGGAAACCAAGGAAUGUUAAUGAUAAAAUGAAUGAAAUGACAAUCAAACAUCCAGGUCGUUGUGGUCGUCCUCAACCGAAAUAUCGUCGAUCCGAUUUAGAUUUAACUGUUGCAUGGAAAGAACUGCUUCAUUGCGUUGUACCACGUUCAAUUGCACAAAAUUUAACAGUAUCAGAAAUUGUAGCACCAUUUAAUAUUGAAUGGUUACAAGAAUUAAUUCGUCGUAAUGCAGCUAAAUAUAUCAUUUAUGAUACGGGAGAUAGAAUUGAUCUUCGUUUUCAUCCAAAACCAUCAAAUUUACAUUUACAAUGUGAUUAUAUUGUUGAAAGACAUAUGAUGGAUAAUGAUUUAGUUUCAACAUUUCGUUUAAAUUUAAGUGUAAUAACAUCAUAUAAUGCUGAUUUUGAUGGUGAUGAAAUGAAUUUAGAUUUAUCACAAUCUGUUGAAACAAAAGCUGAAUUAUCUCAAUUAAUGAUGGUACCUCGAUUAAUCAUAACACCGCAAUCAAAUCGACCUGUUAUGGGAACAAGUGCUGGCUCAUUAGCACAUAUUGUUUUUACGGAAUGUGGUCAUAAUAUUGCUGGAAAACUUUAUUAUCAUAUUCAAUUCAUUGUUAAUAAUUGGUUAAUGUUAGAAGGACAUUCAAUUGGUAUUGCUGAUACAAUUGCUGAUCAAACAACUUAUGAAAGAAUACAAGAAACUAUUAAAAAAGCUAAAAAUGAAGUUCAUAAAGUAAUUGAAAGAGCACAUAGAGAUACAUUAGAACCAUCACCAGGAAAUUCAUUAAGACAAACAUUUGAAAAUAUGGUUAAUGAUUUUAAUCAAUUUAAAACAAUGGUUGUUGGUAGUGCUAAAGAUGAUUACGGACCUGAAGCAAAAGGGUUUAUUGAAAAUUCAUAUUUACAAGGUUUAGCACCUGUUGAAUUUUAUUUUCAUGCAAUGGGUGGAAGAGAAGAUUUAAUUGAUACAGCUGUUAAAAUAGCUGAAACUGAUUAUAUUCAUAGAAGAUUAAUUAAAGCUACGAAAUCUGUUAUGGUUAAGAGACGUUCCAUGAGAAAAUCAAAAAAUUCCACGUAUCGAAAAACAUGGGGGUCAACCGAUUUUGAAUCUGACCUCAUAGGAAUUUAGGCCUCAGUGUACCAUAUAUAAAUCCAAAAUAUUACGGCCUAAAGAUCUUCCUAUAGUUGGCUAGGACCAAUGAACCUGACAUACCCUAAAAAAUACCAUCAAAAAAUGCAAAAAAUUCAACUUUUAGUUUUGCUGAAUUUUUUCUUGCAAAUUUUU